AUGAAGCCCACGCGGCUACAGCGACAGCAACAAGUGCCUGCUGAUCAUCGCGUAGAGAGAGCAAACUUUUCUGAAGCUCAAUUGGCAGAUCCUUUGACUGCUGUCAAGCUUGCUGAAAAUGGAGAUUUUUCACGACUUUUAGUGGUUAUCGCACUGCGUCCACGACUAGUCAGAGCUUCGGACCCCGUUGGCAUGACGGCACUUCACUGGGUCUGCAGUGACCCAAGAGCGCCGCCGCGUGUUGUGCUUACAUUAGCUCGCGCAUAUGUUAAAGCCGCGGCCACGCGUAAUUUGGGUGGUUUAUUGCCGCUGCACUUGGCAAUUAAGAAUCGACUCGCUUUGGAAGUGAUUCAAGCGCUUUUGAAUGUAUAUCCCAAGGCGAUUAAAGUGCGUACUCUUGAUGGUAAGACGCCUUUAAUGCUGGCCAAAGAACGACCGGUGGCGUCUAGUGCUGUACUUUUAAUGCUUAAAGCACUAGAAGCUCAUACGAGGAAGACCAAUGUGCCAUCUAUGACGAUUAUACCGACAACACAGUGGACCGAGACGACAUUAGAACGACAGCAAGGAGAAAAGACGGAAGGUUCUUUGUCGGACAGAUGGAGGACAUCUAACUUGAUGACACAAGAAGAUACUAUCGCUGUGACUAUAUCGCCUUAUCCACCUCUUCCAAGGUGGGCCUUGGCUUCAAGAUGUCGACUUUGUGCUGCAAAGUUUGGGUACUUUAGGCAAAGGCAUCACUGUCGAAGUUGUGGCGUGUCCGUGUGUGGACGACACUCAAGGCAUCGUGUUUCAUUAAAACACCUUGGGUUAGAUCAACCUCAACGAGUUUGUAUACGUUGCUUUGACGAUUUGCAAAAACAGAUAAAUGGUCGGGCGAUUGAGCGCGUAGUCCGUACAGGGGGAGCGUACCCCUACAUUGAUAAUACUAGUAAUUUUACGAACACUGUGCUGACACAGUCUCAAAGACGUAGCAAGUCGCUUCGUAGUGAAUCAUCGCAACGAUAUAAAACACUUGAUUGGGAAUGUCACACUGACAACAAUAGCGAGGCCAGUGCACAUGGCUUCAUCCCAGUCUCAGCGCCAUAUAAUUGGAGAGCUGUGGUAACAAAACCUGCUGAAGCUUUGCAACGCACGACGGGCUCAAUGUUUCUAUCAGUCGAACCAGCUCAACUAACAGUCUUGGAACGGCAGCGUUUAUUACGCGAGAAUAAUGGUGUCGUAUCCGACUCCGAACCUACCAGAAAGGACAGUCGAUUGCGACUUCGAACACAAUCCUCAGAGCUUGACCGGUCGUUAAGCGUACAACGACUGUCUGAAGUGGAAUCAACCGAUGCAUUGGAACAUGGAAUGCUACAUUCGUUGGACUGUGGAAUGGAGACUGCUCAAAUGGAGCGAAAUUUAGAGUCUAUAGCCCAAAAGUACAGGGAUAGCGGGUAUUCCUGUCCACCGGAAUGUGAAGAUGAAGACGAGGAGGCAGAAAUUGCUGCUACGAUGGCAUUCUUGAAUGCUGGUAGAAGACUGAGUAGCACUGCGGAUCUUUUAGAAGAUAUUGGAGCACCAUUUGAUUUAGCAGCUACGCAUCAUGAGCUUGGCGAGAGCUUACUCAGUAAAGGAGACUUUGCAGGAGCUGUAACGGAAUUACAACGCAGCGUAGAUUUGGACGAGAAAAAUUCACUUGCGUGGCUUGAUUUGGCAAAAGCUUUAGAUGGUGCUGGAGACGACCGCGAGGCUGCUGAAGAAGCCGUGCGACGUGCCUUGGAGUUGGAGCCGGCUUCUAUUGGGGCUCUGUCACUCUUGGGCAAGUUAUUGCAUUUGCGUGGCGACCAUGAUGACGCUAUCUUAGUAUUUCGACAAGCGCUGGAGCUACAGUGUCCGAUGCAGCGACAUAUAAGUGAAGUAGCACAUUAUGCAUGA